CGCUCGUCCGUGCCGUUUGGGUGUUUGGCUCCCUGUUUUCAUGGUGUUGACCCGCGAUCACUUGCCGCUCUGGGGUUAAAUAGCUGUUCCGUUCAGGCCAGGCCGGAAGGACCGUCGACGACGACGACGACGCGCGUGGUGCGUGCAUACGUUCUGUGAGUGAAUUGACGUUUACGACAAAAAAAAAAAGGGUGACGAAGGUGUACCCGGGUGAUCAGUGCAGCAGUUUCUGGUGCAAUCGGGUGCGCAAGAAGCCACCUUUAUCAGUGAACGUGCAAGCUGAAGCCUCUGUGUUAGUGCUUGCGAUACGAGAAGUGAUUAGUUCGCCACAAAGUGACGUCCGUUUCAUCGAAAUCUCUCAAUCCAAUCCAUAAAAAAAAAACAAUGGCAACGAAGCGAUCUUCACCUUCAUCACAGCUCCGGCUAGUGGCACUGCUGGUGUUUCUUCUGGCCGGCAAUGUACACCAGGUGUACGGGAACACCUCGAUGGAGAACCGGGCCAACCAUCCGACGCAACACUGCACGGAUCUGAACUCACAGAACAGCCUAGACGUGGAGCAGAUAAUGGGCAUUUGGUACGGCAGCGAGGUGAUUACUCACAAUGGUCACGACGAGGGCGAAGUGGUGUACAACACAUGCGUCGUAAUCCACCUGGCAGAUGUGACCAACUCCACACCGUUGGCGCCACCGAGCCACCAACCGGGUGGUUCCUCUCCGCCUUACUUUAGCCGCGGUUCCGCAGCAUCCGCUUCAUCGAACCAGGAUCAUCGCACGUCGUACGGUUACGGUUCACCUGGCGGCAGUGGUGGUCGUUCCGGUAGCAGCAGCCGCAACGGUGAUACCAUCGGUAGCUCCAACUACGAUCUCUACCAGCAGCGUCAGUAUCAGCUGCAUUCGCAAAGCAUGCGCUAUCUGCGGUUGAUCUGGGACGAAUCGGAACAUACGCUCGAGUACACGCUACGUUACAACAGCUCUCGGCCCGGUUUUUGGAUAUCGUCUUCACCCCAGUCCGGUUCGAUGAUUCAGCUGCAGUACGUACAGUUUACGGGUACGGUACAGGUGCUGAAGGCGAUCAACAACCAGCUCGUGCUCACCUUCUGCCAGAGCAUCCCGAGUGGUCAGCUGUUCACGAUCGUGUUGUCGCGCAUUCCGAUGGGACUGGCACCGGAGGAGAUUCAAAGCAUCCGCAAUCUGCUACGACGACGCGGCCUACCAGCGACCUCCGUGCGCAAAGUAUGCCAAAGUGGUGCCUUCCGGAGUGAUCCGGUGUCCGUCGGGGUGUUGCUGCUGCUGCUAACCACCCUUUCUUUGCUCCCGAAACGUUUCCAUUGAUGCACCAAGUUGUGCUCGUCUUACAUCCCCCUUUUUCUUCCCGGUGCCAUUAGUAUUUCCAGUUUGUGCUGAUUGUUUUCGAGUAAUGUACUGCCUUAUCAAAUCCACCCCAAAUGCCUUUCCAUGUGAGUGCCUGAUAGUUCGAAGAAGUUUUCCCAUUCAUUUUCCCAACGUAUUCGUAUAGAUUUUUGAAGAGUGUAAUAAUGUUAAUUGCGUGUUGUGGUGUGCUCAGUGUAUUUCUCUCCACCGUAGGGUAACGUUUUGAAAUGAACCAACUGUCAUUAUCUCAGAUUUGAAAAAAAAAUGCUGUAGUGUCCUACCUAUAAGCUGCAUUGAACUUGAAUAAAACGAAACAUCUUCUGAGUGAUUACGAUUCGACUGCGUACCAGUGCAUUAGUCAGCCAGUUAGCCGGUACAAAUGCACUGCAUCACAUCCAUCAUCCGCGAACGGUGACAUUAAUUGAUCGCGUUUAAUCAUAUUUCAGUUCCAGAGUCCCCUCCUCCUCCCGCUGCUCAACCCCAAAAUUAACCUAUUUGCUGAGGAACGGAGACCGGACGGCGAAAGGCUGUGGCCAGUGAUGCAGUUUAUCUUAACCCACACCCCCAUAAAACGGGAGGACGAACUGUACACCACGCUGGGUGCUGCUUUAAUUAAGAAAAUGGUAAUCAAAUUAGGUACAUUGCCGGACCGACCAAGCGGGAGGAGUUAAUUGAAUCUUAUGUAGCAGAAGUUAGUGAUGAACGCUGUGAUGAACUGUUUGCCUGGUGCUGCCUGUCUGUCUCCUGCUGCUACGCCACUGACCCACCAAUUGUGCCCGAUAUGGUGUUUGAUGUUGGGCUUGUUAACAUGGUUGUCAGGUCAGGAAAGGGCGAUCAUUACGGCGUUCCUCGCAAAGUGAGGUUUGUUUUUAAUUUAUCUAGCGUGUUGUUGUUUUUUUCAGCGCAGCUCCAGAGAAGAGUGACUUCGUACUGAUUUUACGGAUAGAGCGACUCACUUGACAACAGCUCAACAACCCUGCUGGCUGUCCAAAGAAGAAGCUAAUUGGGAUUAAGUCAAAUGUCAAUACCGGGCAUCCUUGGCCAGACCGUGCAGAUGAAGCUAAUCGAGUGUGAUCAAGGAAGGAACGUAAGGAAUU